GGAACAGAAUUACGUCAGAAUGUCAAAGAUAGUUCUAGAGGUAUUAUCAGGCGUUUUAUACGAUCGCUUAUUCUUAGAUACAAAGACUGGAGAAAUACUUGAUCGUAAAAAGUUGGACAUAACAGAAAUGUGUAAGAAAUAUUGUGCUUUAAAAAUAAACUUUCCAAGUAAAGGCUUUAGGAAUAUAAAAAAGGUUGACGAGAUUUCUACCAAUGAAGAUACUAUUGGUGAUGACAUUCAACGGAUACGUGUGAUCAGAAAUGAAAUGCAGCAUUCUACUGUCUUUGCAUUAGAUGACACACGAUACCAAAAACUAAUCGCUAUAGUUCAUGAUAUGAUAACUAGAUUUGAUCAGCGUAACAAUCCAGCAGGUGAAUCCUACGUAAAACGAUUCGACGAAAUCAGGAAAAUGGAAUUAGAGACAAGGAGUUUUGAAGAUAUAAAAGAACAAAUGAAAGCAGGAUUGAUAGAACAGAUUCAUGCAGUUUUCGAUAGUGUGUAUUGAUGACAAAUUUGAUUUCCUACACUUUUACAGAUGGAUAAGUAAAUAAAAAUAAAAAAGUUUCAAUAAAAAUAACAAAGUCCAAUGUAUAGCCAGUCAUUAAAAAAUAAGAGUAAAUGUUGUUUGUAUAGAUAUAUACAUAGUAUACAUGAUUGUAAUUUUAUUUAGAUAUACCUGUAAACUAUAUAUACGUACACACUAUAUAUUUGUAAAUAUCAUAUAUCAGCUCAUAAUUCAAGCAUACAAAUUAACAAGCAGAUGUUAUCAAAGGUACCAUUAUUAUUUAUGUUAUUCUUACUUUCCCUUUUCUGUUUCAUGCCACCUUCUCUGUCAAGGCUAAACUGCAGACAAUCUUUAGCUGCAUCAUCUAUCCUCAUCUGAAGACUCUUUACAGCUACGGUAUUUUUCUAACCGACUCUGUAAUAAAGUUAUAAGUAAACUUGAAUUGUGUAUUUGCCUAAUGCAUGCGUGCGUAAUCUCCCUACUAGAUAUGUAAUAUAAAUUAAUGUAUAAUAUAUUCUAAAUAUUUCAAACACUAUUGAAUGCAAAAUAAAAUCUUACAAAACCAAUUUUUUUUUCUCUUUUUUAAUAUUGAUAAUUUGUCUAAUGGUCAGAAAUUCAUUAGUAUUAGAAGGAUUUGUGGGUAUAAUUUGCGCCAUAAAGAACUCAUAAAGUGUAAUACUUACUUAGUAAAACAUCUUUAAGGAUCAUACGGGAAAAAACAGUCUUGUCCCCUCUCCCUAGCCAAUUCAAUUUCUUUCCAGGAUAGUGCCUAUAAUCCUUCUUACACUCUGCUUUACCGUAUCUCCUCCAGAAGUACUCGGGUGCUUGAUCUGCAACAUAAUUAUAUGAUGCUAGAUUUUUAUAAAAAAAAAACAAUUGCAAACAACAAGUAAGAGAUAAACGUACCUACAGUUAAUAAUAUGACAUUUUUACAAUGUGCUUGGUAUCUUUUAAGCACGACCAUACUAGUAUUACGUUAUUUUAUUUCAAAUAAAUAAUUCGGAAAGAGAAAAAGCAUAUACAAAUAUAUAUCUAUAUAUGUACAAUUUGCAAACGUUAAAAAUUAUACAUUAUCAUGAUUUCGUAAUAUUGUAACUUUUAAAAUACGCUGCUAUGAUCAGUUUACAACUGUUUAUUUUCAAAAUAUAUAUCUCUGUGGGUUUUAUUUUAACUUUCAUAAACGUUUUUCUUUUGCUUCCGUCAUUUUUGAAGUAUAAUUUACCCCGGUGAUAACCACGCUCUCAUGAAAACUUCAUACCAAAAAUGUACUAUACAAACUUUACGCAUACAACGAAAAUAUAACAAUUUUGUAUAAAUCAUAAUUGUUUAGAAAUAAAUAGAAAUUAACAACUCACAUGUUUUCUUUUCUUUUUUCCUGAAGACAAUUUUUUUUCUGUAGUAUUACUGCUCUCAGCAAGGCGGGAAAUGAUCACAAUUCUGACCAUCCCAUUAAACUUAUGAAUAUUACCAUAGCAACAAUCAGUUGACCAGCGUGUUACUUGUAUUCAACCUUAUCAAAAUGUUACAGCUGUAUAUAAAUUGCUUACGUCCCAACUAUAUACUUAUUCAUUAUUAAUAAUGUUUAAAGUGAUUAUAAUCGGUGAAUAGUACAAGUAGCAGUGGUAAUAGUUAUAAAAGUAACUUAAAUGACACUUUAAAUACCAACAAAAACAAAUAAUAAAUAAUAAUUGUAAACAAUAUAAUUUUAUCGAGUCACCACAUUGCAAAAAAUAGCUGUUUUAUCGGUAAACAAGAUAAGUAUACCCAACCGAUAUCCGACAUACCACUCUUGUAAACCAUAACUGAAAAAUGUACAUUGGCAGUUUUAGUGUGACGUGCAGUGUUACGAGAAACAACCAAUGUUAGCUUAUAAUAUAUUUUCAACAUUGGCCCAACAUUGGCCCAGCAUUGGCCCAACAAAAUUUUACAAAUGAACCAAUAUAAUUUUUCUGAUCAUUUUUUCUUAUCGUUGAUAUAGACCAAAUUUUCCAGGGAAUGGAGAAAUAACUUAGACUACAGUAGCCCUAAUACGAUUCGGAAGGGUAUAGCAAAUCCAUCAACUUUUUCUGACCUAACAUUGGGGCAACGUUGGGUGGAUGGUCUUUUAAUAUCAUCAUACCAACGUUGGCCCAAUGUUAGUCUUUAUACAUGUUAUAAUUAUUUGCUUCUACAUAAAAAAAAAAGUCAUUAGAACAGAAGACAGAGGUCUUAUUGUUACAUGGAUGUUGAAUAUAGUAAUAUUAUAAUUUUAGCACUUAUGUUUUUGAGUCUUUUUCAUUAAUUUUCAUCAACUGUUUUUUUUUAAAAUAUAUCCUAAAAUACACUUCCUUUAGACAUGUUAUAAAUAUUUGCCUCUAUAUAAAAAAGGUCAUUAGAAAAGAGGACAGAGGUCUUAUUGUAACAUGGAAUGUUGAAUAUAGUAAUAUUAUAAUUUUUGAACACUUAUGUUUUUGAGUCUUUUUCGUUAAUUUUCAUAAACUGGUUUUGUUUUCAUUUUGUUGUUAAUUGUAAAUGUUUAUUUAAACUUGUACUGCAACAAACAUUGUAAAUGUUUAAUGACAAUUAAUACAAUUAUAUAGAUUACCAAUGAGACAAAUAACCACCAAAGUUCUAAUACAGUGGAUGUUAGCAAUCCUAGGCAACCCUUUAACAAUGAGAAAACCCAUACCGUUCAGUCGACUAUAAAAAGACUUAACUCAUCAUAUCAAUACAAAGAAGAUAAACAUUUAACAUGAAUCCUUACAACAAGAAGGAGACAGAUCUUAGCGGACUCACAGCUACUGAACGCUAGUCUAAAGCCAAUAACAGCUAAUGUAUAAAAUUAUCUUUCUAAGAUUCUAAAAUGACGUCCUUCAAACGCUUUGAGUCCACACCCGUGGUAAAAUAUUAAUAUAUUGUUUGGGCUGUUCCGAUCGUCUCCCGCGUCAUAUGCUUUUUUAUGAAUGAGCUACCCGACGUCAUAGAACGAUAACGCCAGAACAUAAGGAUUUUACGCAAAUGAUGCCUUACCUAGAGCGCUUCGAUCCAAAACAAUUGCCGUAUUUGUCCUAUUAGAAUCAAAAUAAUUCAUGGGGGCUUGAAUAUAUCUUGAUUUUACCGAGGGUUGUCCCUUUAUGCCGAUAUUUUACCCCUUGCUAUCGAUCAAGGUAAAAUAUUUGUCAUAAAGGGACAACCCGUGGUAAAAUCACGAUAUAUUCAAGCCCCAUUAAUUAUUUCUUAAGUAACAUACACAUCAGAACAAAUCUGACAUCCAAUUGAUGUUGUAUAAGAAGUCAUAAACAGUCAGAGAAACGCAUUAACCUGUGCAAUGCCAAAAUAAAGUUAUCGACAGACUGUAGUAUCGUUAUAUAUGUCUAACAAAAUUUAAAACUAUUAAGUAAGAUUUUAAUUUACUGAUAACAAAAAUGUGUACUCAUUUCAAUUCAGCUGUUCAUAA